UCCUUCGUGGCAUUUUAGAUUGUGGAAAUAGACGAAUGUUAUUGUUUACAAUAACCAAAGUGUAGUAUUUUUAAAAAAAUCAUUUUAUAUAAAGAAAAACACAUCAGUUUUCGCUCAAAAUGGAAAUGGAAUACGAGGAUGCAGGUUGGCAAGGACGUCAAAAACCACCCGGUGAAGAUGAGGAAAUGCCCGAGGAUAACCCACAAGAAACCAUUCAAGAGUGUUUGGAAAAGUUCCUUACGCCUGAUUAUAUCAUGGAACCUGGAAUUUUUACCCAACUUAAGCGCUACUUUCAAUCUGGCGGCUCACCCGAAGAAGUCAUCACUAUGCUUUCUGAAAACUAUAAAGCCGUGGCACAAAUGGCUAAUCUUCUCGCUGAAUGGCUUAUACUUGCUGGGGUUAAAGUUACCGAUGUGCAAGCUAUGGUCGAGAAUCAUUUGAAAGACAUGAUACUGAAAACUUUCGAUCCGAAAAAGGCCGAUACCAUCUUUACAGAGGAAGGUGAAACGCCCGAUUGGUUGACAGAAAUGAUCGACCAUCAUACUUGGCGCUCACUAAUCUAUCGCUUAGCGGAAGAAUAUCCCGACUGUUUGAUGUUGAAUUUUACCAUCAAACUUAUCUCGGACGCCGGCUUUCAAAGCGAAAUCACAUCGAUUUCAACUGCAGCACAGCAAAUUGAAGUGUUUUCGCGCGUAUUAAAGACAUCGAUUACAAAAUUUUUAAACAAUCCCGAAGAUAUACAGAGUUCCAUACAAGAAUGUGCACGCAUGGUAUGUCACGGUCAGCAUACCUACGUCUACUCCCAAGUACUAAUACAAGUGCUAAGUCAGGAGCCGAAAGGAGGCUUUAAUAUGAAACGUCUGUCUCAGGAGAUCACUAAGUAUGCGCUACAAAAUAAUCAAAAUGUGACACCCAUCACAAUGGCGCUUAACGGUUCGGCUGCCUAUCCGCAAGCAUGCCAGGCACUCUCCUCUAUGCUCUCCCGCAACACACUCAAUCCAGCAGAUAUUACAGUACUAUUUCGUAAUUAUUCCGCUGCAGAUCCGCCACCAAUCGAUUUAAUACGCAAUCCACAAUUCCUCGAACUGCUUGUGGAUUCAUUAUUCAAGGCAGGGGUGAAAAUCAAUCCUGAGCACAAGUCCAAAUAUAUCCAUUUGUUGGCAUAUGCUGCUUCUGUAGUGGACACGCCGGCUAAGAAACGUCCUAUGACCGAACGUGUGCUCAACAAAGACGAACUGAAGAGCACCAUACAAGCAAUCGAGAAAGUUCACGCCAUUUGCAAUGUCAACAAAGGUUCCACAGAGCUGAUUGCUGAGUUACAAACGCUAUACAAUUGCAUUAAAUACCCAGUUGUUGGCGUUGGCGUUAUACGUUGGAUUGAAAACACUGUCACAGAACCGUCUUACUUCAAACUGUCCACCGACAGUUGCCCCACCCACUUGGCAAUACUCGAUGAAGUGGCUGCUGUUCAUCCUACGUUGCAUCAACAAAUUUUACGGCUACUCAUACGUCUAUUCGAGUCGAAACAAGAUGAGUUAGAGAUUUUGGUGCAGUUGGAAAUGAAGAAAAUGUUAUUGGAUCGCAUGGUUAAUUUGUUGACGCGCGGCUGUGUAGUGCCGGUAGUGAAAUACAUUAAGCAAUGUUGUGCUAAGGGUGAUACAGACAUAUCGCUGAUACGCUAUUUUGUAACGGAAGUGCUUGAGACGAUAACGCCACCCUAUUCGCCUGAGUUCGUGCAAUUGUUUCUGCCUAUGGUGGAAAAUGAAGAAAUUACUGGCACAAUGCGUGGUGAAGGCGACAACGAUCCUGUUUCAGAAUUUAUCGUGCAUUGCAAAGCGCGUUAUACCACAGUUUAAUAAUUUUGAAUCUUGAACAACAUUCUUUAGACAUGCCAACAAUGUAUGAUCCAACGUAUAAGAAGCUCAAACGCCAAUUGUAACUCGUCACUUGCUACCAGCGAUGACCCACCCUUGGAUACAUUUUAAGUAACACACAAUUGUAAAUUAUGUUUAAUUGACCAUUUAAGUUUGCUAACAACUUAAGGCUGAUUGUCGCUUUUUACGCGCGUAAAUAUUGAUUUUUUCUUAUAUAUUUCAUGUUUGCGUCUAAACACAUAAAAAUAUUUAUGAAUCAUAGGCGCUGAUUAUCAAAGUUCGCAGAAAUAAAACAAAAAUGAUAAAAUUA